GACGGCCGCUGCGAUUGGACGAAGUGAAGGUGCAGGGGUGGGUUGAGUUGAACCCGUCUCGCGACAGCCGGUCCGCUUUUUCUCUCUCUCUCUCUCUGUCUUCUAAUUGGUGGAGGCUGGCAGAGGAGGAAUAGUAAAGCGCCUGCGCACUGCCGGCCGCCGCUGUCAGUUUGGCGUGGAGAGAGGAAGGCGCCUGCGCAGUGCCGGCUGUUGAGGGGGAGGGGGAGGGGAGGGAAGCGACGGAUUCAAAAAGCAACGGCCGCUGCGCGCGCAGCGCCGGGAGGCUGCAACCAAUAGGAACCGGCCUUUCCCCGGGGGCGACCAAUAGGAACUUGCGUUUCAUCCGGUGCAACCAAUAGGAAUCCGCUUUCAUCCAAGGCAACCAAUAAGAAUCCACCGGUCGUCCAGGGCAACCAAUAGGAAUCCGGCUUUCAUCGAGCGUCCCGAACGGAGAGUGCACCCUCUACUCGGCAGUCACCGGAAGGGCCAGACCCAGCCUCCGUGCACCCAUGGCUGGCGAGGAGGCGAAGAUCCUCUGCUCUGAACACUACGGCGCGCGCCGGGACAGGCGCUACGUCCAGCAGGGAGACGGCCAGCUCCUCCGGAGGUCGGAGCGGGGGCCGGAGGCGGCCCUGUCCCUAGCCAGCCUCUUCACGUCAGUCUUCCUACCUCAAGGAUAUCCCGAUAGUGUGAGUGGAGACUACCUCAGCUACCAAAUCUGGGACACUGUCCAGGCUUUUGCCAGCAGUAUAACAGGGACCCUGGCCACACAGGCUAUACUGAAGGGUGUGGGGGUCGGGGACAGCACAGCUACCAUCACUGCAGCCUCCAUGACGUGGAUACUGAAAGAUGGAACUGGGAUGGUUGGCCGUAUCCUCUUUGCCUGGUUGAAGGGGAGCAGGUUGGACUGCGAUGCCAAGAAGUGGAGGUUGUUUGCCGAUGGGCUCAAUGACUUGGCGAUCUUCAUGGAGAUUAUAGCUCCUGCCUUUCCGUCCAUCUUCAUCCUCAUUGUCUGUGUCUCUGGAGUGUUUAAGUCCGUCGUGGGGGUGUCCGGCGGAGCGACGCGCGCUGCCCUGACCAUGCACCAGGCCCGGCGCGACAACAUGGCCGACGUCUCGGCCAAAGACGGCAGCCAGGAGACCCUCGUGAACCUGGCCGGUCUGCUGUUCAGCCUCAUCCUCACGCCCCUCGCCACCGGAAACAUCCUCCUCACCUACCUGCUCUACGCUCUCUUCACGAUGCUGCACCUCUACGCUAACUAUCAAGCAGUCAGGGCAGUGGUCAUGGACACCCUGAACCAGUCCCGGCUUCGUCUUAUGGUCAACGAGUUCCUCCGGACAGGCAGGGUGCCUCCUCCCAGAUCCAUCAACCCCCGUGAGCCUCUCCUUCCAGCUUUCCAGCGGAGACUGUCCAUCAGGCUUGGAACACCUCUCCACUCAAUCUUAAACAGUGCUUACGAUUAUCAGAGAGCAAUAGAAAACAACAGAAAGAACUACUUACUGGGAUUGAACCGAAACACUGGUGUGGUGUGCGUCUCCCUGAGGGACGGAGCCGGGAGCGUUGACAUGAUCGAGGCCGGUUUCCACGCUGAGCUGCUGGACGAGCUCCUGCACCGGGACGCCAGCUCCUUCCGCGUGGGGAGGGUCACCUGCACCGAACUGCAGGCGAAACUGAAAUCGGAACGGGACGAGCGACUGUGGGACACGGUGGCAGCGACUCACCUCCUGGUCGAUCAGCUGUACCCCCGGCUGCUGUCCGAGGCCCGGGCGGCCGGCUGGCUGACAGAGCGGAAUCACCUAGGGGCGGACGAGUGGAGAGCCCAGUGGCCCCUGGAGGGCAAGAAGGGGCAGUGACGGAA